AUGCCAACAAAUGAUUUUCCUGUUGUUUUUGUUACGCAUGGAACUGUUGCGAUGAUGAUUUCCGAUUCACCAGUAAAAGUACCGAUUUUUGGUGAAGUUAGUCGUAAUUGUCCGUUAGCUCUAUGGCUUCGUCAGUUAUCUAAACAAUUAGCUUUACCAUCAUUACCAAAAGCAAUUCUUAUUAUCACAGCACAUUGGGAAACAGCAAAUAGUGUGCAUAUAACUGCACAAGAAAAACAUACUGAACUCUUUUAUGACUAUGGAGGAUUUCCAAAAGAAGCUUAUGAGAUUCAAUAUAAACCACCAGGUGAUAUAAAUUUAUCAAAACGUGUCAAAACAUUACUUGAACAAAAUGGUAUAUCAGCUAAACUUGAUGAAAAACGAAAUUUUGAUCAUGGUGUUUUUGUUCCACUUAAACUUAUCUAUCCUGAUGCAAAUAUUCCCGUUGUAGCAUUAUC